GCACGAUCGAACUCAACAGUUUAACAAAGGUCAUAGCAACAAUCUCGGUGUCAAACAUGGAAGGCGGAGAGUUCAAGGCAUCCCAACUGGGAACAAAGCAAUACUGGGAUUCCAUGUAUGUUCGCGAAAAUGUCAACUUUGAAGAAAUUGGCGACAUUGGCGAAGUUUGGUUUGGCGAAGACAGCGUGGAAAAGAUGGUAGACUGGGUGACAGACAACAUUGAACCAAAUACCAAAUCAAUCAUUGAUCUAGGAUGCGGCAAUGGGCACCUUCUUUUGGCCUUGGCAGAAAACGGCUUCCAAAAUCUUUAUGGUAUUGAUUACUCGCCUUCCGCAGUUCAAUUGGCUAAAUCAGUGGCAAAGCAGAGAGAUAUGGAGUACAUUCAGUACCAGACAGUGGACUUUCUUAAUGAAGAUGACUGGAGACAGUCAGCUGUCUACGAUAUAGUAUUGGAUAAGGGUACAUAUGAUGCUAUUUGCUUAGAUCCUGCUCAGGAAGAAGCCAAGCAGAAAGGAGAAGAAGGACCAAAAGAGCGUUAUGUUGAAAAGGUGCGACAAAUGAUGGGAACUGAAGGCAGUUUUCUGAUCACUAGCUGCAAUUGGACUCGAGAAGAAUUGAUUCGAGAUUUCGGAAAGUAUUUUGAGUACUCCUCACAUGUCAAAUACCCAACAUUUUCAUUUGGCGGCCAGACUGGUUCCAAGAUAUGUACAGUAGCGUUCACCCCUAAAUAAUAAUAAUAAAUCAAACAAGAUAUAGAUUAGUACAACAGUUUUUAAAUAAGGCAUAAAAAUUUUAAGAGUCUACCGGACAAUCAAUGUUAGGGC